UGGGGGCCUUUGUGAAAUUAAUUCAUUUUAUAAGCGGGUUGUCCGUGUGUCUUUAUCCCUUGGGGAGGUGAUGCCACUAGCAAGCUAGAAGAGCAGGGCAGUGAAGAAGAGGGGGAAGGAAAUUGGAGGAGGUCCGCUAAUUUGAGUUGAUCAUGUUAUGUACCCCAACCGAUUGUUGCUCUUUGUGCUAGAGCCUGGUGUGUGAGAGAAACAUGGAAAAGCAAUGGCCACAGAUGAUCAUAGCCAUGAAAGGCCACCCAGGCACAGGCAAAUCCACCCUCUCUCGCGCAAUCUCCACCUGUCUCCAAUUCCCUCUCAUCGACAAAGAUGACAUUCGCGACAACACUCUCUCCCUUCAAUCUCAAUACCAGAUCCCCCCAUCUACACUCAAUGACCUCUCCUAUCUGGUACUUUGGCAAAUAACCGAGACCCAGCUUCAACUUGGCCUCUCGGUGGUAAUUGAUUCUCCGCACUCUCGUCGAGCCAACCUCAACAAACUUGUCGAGUUGGCUCGUGCAUAUGGUGCGCAUGUUGUAAUCGUGGAAUGCAGGCCAAAGGAUGAGAGGGAGUGGAGGAGGAGGCUUGAAGAGAGAGCGAGAUCGGGUGGAGAUAAGGGGCACAAGCCUGCGACUUGGGAAGAGAUGGGGAGGAUUAUGGAAGGGUACAAUGGAUGCUGGGAUUAUGAAAUUGAAGAUGUAAAGAAGAUUGUGGUGGAUACUACUGCUCGAGAUGAGCAAGAGAAGCUUGUCAAUAUGGUGAUUGAUUUUAUCAAGUCUAGUAUUGUUGUCUAAAUUAGUCCAUGCUAAGUGUUAUUUAGGAGUUUACAUGUUUUAUAUAAAGUGGGUAACUAUUAGAAAAGGAGCUUAGGGAGUGAUUGUGUACUUAUAACUAGUAUGCUAAAAAAAUGUCUGAACAAGUUGUGCUAUAUAUAUUAUUUUGGACGCUAGUA